AUGGAAUUUAGUUUUACGGACGUUCCCGUCUCGGAUCCGUUCCUGUCUCUGGAGACGAAUCUCGAAGACAUCUUCUGGACCCAUUGCAUAGUGAAUGAGUUGGAAAAAGAGAUGUACGAUAUCAUACGCAUGGAUGCGCAGGACAAUCUGGCAAUGGACACCUCGUGGGCUGGUCAUGAACAACAGCCACAAACCAGUGGCGGUCAAUUCCAGUAUACGAAGCCAGUUCAUCGACCGAAUCAGCAUAGCCCACCCCAGGACUACUACGAUCCGAACAGGAAUCGUGAGAUCGGUUCCAUCGUUUCGCUCCUGCAGUCACACUCUCCACCAUCGUCGGAUCCUUAUGCUGCAAUGAAGUUUUCACCGCCGAAUUUCGACUCGUCGCUCAACGGUGGUGGUCCGGCGAGUAUGCUGCCAAAACUUGGCCCUCCAACAGUACCACCGUUACAACUCAACCUACUUACCAACCGCAUUCUUGAUAUCAUACGCAUGGAUGCGCAGGACAAUCUGGCAAUGGACACCUCGUGGGCUGGUCAUGAUCAACAGCCACAAACCAGUGGCGGUCAAUUCCAGUAUACGAAGCCAGUUCAUCGACCGAAUCAGCAUAGCCCACCCCAGGACUACUACGAUCCGAACAGGAAUCGUGAGAUCGGUUCCAUCGUUUCGCUCCUGCAGUCACACUCUCCACCAUCGUCGGAUCCUUAUGCUGCAAUGAAGUUUUCACCGCCGAAUUUCGACUCGUCGCUCAACGGUGGUGGUCCGGCGAGUAUGCUGCCAAAACUUGGCCCUCCAACAGUACCACCGUUACAACUCAACCACUACCAACCGAGUUCAUUGGUGAGUUGUCCGUAUUUCUAUGGACUAACUUUUUACUAUUUCUUGCCCCACCAUUCAUUUCAUUUGGAGGGGAGCAAAUAG